AUGUAUUUCUUCAAGACAUUUCUGCGGCCUCCUCUCAAAUGCAUGGAGAGCCAGGCAUCCGAGCCCCAAGACACUCAGUGUGAUGACGACAUGGUGGACCACGUAGGUUCUGGCAAGCUCGUCCUCAAGGAGUCCGCAACGACAGUGAAAUCGACACCGCUGUUCGGGGUCAUUCGAGGCUCAUCAUCUGACUCUUCCAGAUCCGAGCCGGAGAUCGAGGUUGAACCUGGCGCUGUCGAGCUGGACAUUGAUGAAUGCAUCGAGAAGGUUGGAGAGGCGCGGCCAUGGCCUGAAGACCGCUUCCAGAAUGUCCGCUUGCUGCAGAACGCUGCCCGCAAUCAGGGCAAGGUGGAACUGCAGAAGGACCUCUCCAACGGAAAGUUUGUGGCAGUGAAGCGUAUGCCCAUCACCUGGACAGGGACAAAUCAUGAGGACUUUGUACAGAGACAUCCAUCCGAGACAGAGCUGCCAUGGGUGGACAUUGGUUUGGCCAAAUAUUUGCACGCAAAAGGCUUCCUCUUCAUUUGCGAGCCGUUUGGCACGUUCUACAGCGACAGCGAGACAUACUUUGUUUCCGAAUUUGCAGACAAGGGUGACCUGUUUGAGUGGUGUCAAUCCGGUCCCACUCCUGGUGAAGAGCGCGAGCAGAUGUUGCGACCGGUCGCGCGGCAGAUAGUAACCGCAGUGCAGCAUCUGCACAGUCUCCAUAUCGCACACUGCGAUCUGUCCCUGGAGAACAUCCUCCUGACAACGAGCUCAGAUAAUACUCCUCAAGUGAAGCUCAUCGAUUUUGGCAUGGCCGCCAUCAAGCAGGACCUCUUAGUCGGUCCUCGCGGGAAGCCAUCUUAUCAGGCCCCGGAGAUGCAUGAGCAGGGGAGCUACGAUCCUUGCUUGGCUGAUGCCUUCUCCGUCGGCGUGGUUCUUUUCGGGAUGGUGGCGCAAGACUAUCCAUGGUUGUCGACAAAGCCCAAUGGCUGUAAGUGCUUCGAGUUCACUCGGCAAAAGGGACUUCAGGCAUACUUGAUGAAGAGAAAAGCCCGGAACAGUGAUGGUGCUCGACUUUCUCAAGUCUUCAGC